UUGAGACAACAGUUGACGAAAAAUGAGCGAGCGCCGCGCCAAACAAAGCCCCCGGCAGGCCCUGGUGUCUGCCCCAGAAGAACUUCAACUCAAAAGAACGUUUCAGAGUUGACGAUUCUCCCGAUGGAAGAGGUUCUCACUCAACUCAAUUCAUCGCUAUGGUCUUUGGCAGAGAAAGCCAAAAUCUCAGAUAAACUGAACGGAGACAACAUCACCGUCAUUACAAGCUCCGAGAACGAAGCCAAACCGGAGGAUCCUACCUCGUACGUGCUGAACCACAUCAUUCCUCGAAAAUACCGUAGUUACGAGUGGAAAGACGGAGACGUACUAAAGACUUCUGCUGGAAACGAACUGGUAGUAUCCCAGUUUGAGGACGCAUUUGGUUCGGUGAAACCUACCUUAACUGCCUUCCAUUGGAUUCCGCUUCUUAUCACAGCAACAACGGAAUCGUGUACUCUUUCUACUUCAGUACUCUCCAAUGAUCUCCGCGAAAAGUUGUCGUCAAAUAGCUCGUUUACCGUGUUUGCACCAUCGGACAAGGCUCUGAAAUCGCUGUCCAGCUCCCUUCUGAAAGAAAUAAAGGAGGGUACAGGAUGCGCAUCAGAUUUUGCAAGCAGUCAUAUCGUCAAUGGUUCUUUCUGCUCUCACGAUCUCCAUGAUCGUCUACUGAAAUCGCUUACUGGAAGUGAACUCGAGGCUCGAAUUCAAACUAAAGGAAACGAGAGAGUGCUCCACAUUGGAAGGGCAAAAGUGACAGUCAGCGACAUUUUCGCGAAGAACGGAGUCAUCCACAUAAUUGACGAUGUCGUCUUCAACGAUGAACUACUAUCGUGGCGAGAACAUCUGGAGGUUCAUAAUCGCAAAUUGAAAGAGGCGCUCGAAGAUGUGGUGACCAACUCGAGUGAAAAACUAACGAUUUUCGUUCCACCGGCGGACAACAGUACAAUCACACCUGAGUUCGCCAAGAAUCACGUGAUGGUCGGCCAAUUGUUGGAGGAUCUAAGACGCCCUUCAACAAUGACAACGCAGGCCAAUUCUACGAUCUUCACCGGUUACUCACGAAAAGUACCUCCUAUUUGGGUGCGGAUUUCGAUGCAACCCCGUGAACGGCUACGAGGACAAGUUGGCUGCUCGAGAAUCAUCGAAGACAGCGUAAAAGGGUGUCGAGCAAUUCUUCAGUUCAUUGAA